AUGUCGACUCUCACGGAGCAGCAGCUCGAGGAGUUCCGGGAGGCGUUCAACCUGUUCGACAGGGAUGGAGAUGGGGCAAUUUCCGCCCUGGAGCUCGGAACUGCAAUGCGGUCCCUUGGAGCCAACCCCACGGAGCGGGAAAUCAAGGACAUGAUGGACCGGCUCGACGUGGACGAGAAGGGGACGGUGGACUUCAAGGACUUUUGCGAACUGAUGGAGGAGAAGCUUCAAGACGAGAACGCGCCCACAGAGGAGUCCUUGAAGGCUGCCUUCAAGGUGUUCGACAAGGACGACAGCGGCUUCAUCUCCGCGCAGGAGCUCAUCCAGAUCAUGAAGUCGCUAGGCGAGCCCCUGAGCAAGACGGAGAUUUCAGACAUGAUGGCGGAGGCUGGAAUCGACCAGGACGGGCAGGUCAACUACUCCGAGUUCGUCCGGCUGAUCCUCGGGGAAUGA